UAGGCUGUUGGCCGUACGUCCAUUUCACAAAAGCAUUCAUCGUUUUCAACCUCCGGCCACUUCCCAGCUAAGAUGCCGCCAGCUAAAGGCAAAGGAAAUGGGAAGAAGAAAGGGAAAGGGAAAGGGAAUUCUAAGAAAACAAAGAGCAGAGCUUCAGACCCAACAUGCAACUGCAUUUUCCCAAGAGAAAUCAUCUCUAAUAUCCUUUCUCGUCUCCCUGUGAAGUCCCUUUUACGGUUCAGGUGCGUAUGCAAGCCAUGGCGGAACCUCAUUUCUAAACCAAACUUCAUCGCCGCCCAUUUCAGCCACUCCUCUGCUUUACAGCGCAGCGGUUCAUCCAUUCUUCUACACACCCGCCAUUACGAGACCUCUGAUCAUGUAGUCUCAUUAUACAACCCGCUUGAAGAAUCAGUUGUGGAACUGGAAAGCCCGCAUCCUUGCUUCUUUCCUCAUACGGUCGUUUUGGGUCCUAUCAAUGGCAUUGUCUGCCUUUUUCAGAAAGCUUUGGGUGAUGUUAUUACCCUUUGGAACCCUGCUAUGAGGCAGUCCAAGAUGGUGCCCCUUUCGGGGAAAAAGCCCGAUAAGAGAAUGUACUGUUGGGUAUCCAUUGGAUUGGCCUUUGAUCCCGAAGAGAAUGAUAUUUUGAUAUUGAGAAUCUUUUGUGUCGCGCCGUCAUCUACAGUCCCGAACCAUGUGGAAAUGUAUUCAACCAAGAGUUUCGGAUGGAAGAAACUGAAAUGUGACCUGGUUUGUAAUAUUAUUUCCUAUACUUGCCUCGCGAUCGUUAAAGGGGUUCCUUAUUGGUUGGCUCUUAUAACUGAUGAAUUUGGGGUGCGUACAGUGUUGGUGCGCUUUGAUGUGGGUAAAAAAGUAUUAGAGAAGUUACCUAUGCCAGGAACCGGAGAGGUGGUUCAUCAAUGUUUUGUGGCCAUAGAUGAUUCUAUUGGUUUGUUAACUCGGGAGGAAAGAGACGAAUGUUAUAUUAGUGUUUGGGUAAUGGAUGAAGAAGAUGGUUGGAGUAAGAAAUGCAAGGUUGGACCGAUAUUCGGGUUUGACAGAAUUGUGGGCUGUUUGAGGAAUGGUGACAUUGUUGUUGAGAAUGAAAAUGGACUGCUGUUCUUUGAUCCAGUGACUAGUUCAGUUAAAGCAAAAGUGAGUGUUGAUAAUGCUAAGAAGGGUUCAUAUGAGAUUUCCAACUAUUCGGAGAGCCUACUUCUGAUCGGAGGGAUGCUACCAGUUAAGAAGCAAGCUAAAGAUAAAUUGGCACGCCAAAACCUCAUAAGGGAUUGUCUUAACUUUGUAGAGACAAGCCUCUCGUGAACUCGGCUAUCUAGUUUGCACGAAAGACGCCCUGUUUACCCCCUUUUUGCGAACCUCGGAGAUAGAUGAUAUACUCUUUGACAUCUUUUCAGUUGGUAGGUAGGUGUAUGUAGUUUCUGCCCUGGCUGUUUUACAACCAUCUGAUGUUUAUACUGGAAGGUUCUAAUUCUGAUUAUCUUACUUAUCAGAUUGUUCAACCAAUGUCUGUUGUUCAUUGCACUCAUCAAUUGGUACUUGAUUAAUCUAUGGUGUAUUCAUGUUUGUGGUGUAAUACUUUUGGAGUUUU